CAUCUCUAAUAGCCGUGGUUCUCACUGGUUAGGUGCAAACAUGUCGCAAUUGCUGCGGUUGAGCCGCGCAGUGCUGUGCAGUGGUCAGCAGGCGGCGGGCGUUGGCGCCUUGCAGAGGGCUUUCAACACCAGCUCGCGUACUCAGCACGCAGAGCCGCAGCCAGUUGCCGCGGAGGCGCCUUCCAGUGUGCCGCGAUGGAUUUCUGAGCUGGGCGCCGUUCGCAACGACUGGACUCGUGAGGAGGUCGCGGAGGUUUACAACACCCCGCUUCUCGACCUGGUCUACCGCGCGGCGUCCGUGCACCGCAUGUACAAUGACCCCUCCAUGGUCCAGCGCUGCACGCUGCUGUCCAUCAAGACCGGCGGCUGCCCCGAGAACUGCAACUACUGCAGCCAGAGCAGCAGCUGGAGCAAGGACACGGGCAUGAAGGCGGAGAAGCUGAUGGACCUGGAGGAGGUCUACCAGGCUGCCCUGCGCGCCCGGGAAUCCGGCAGCACCCGCUUCUGCAUGGGCGCGGCGUGGCGCGGCCCCUCGCAGGUGGGCAACCGCCAGUGGGAGCGGGUGCUGGAGAUGGUGAAGCGCAUCCGCGGCCUGGGCAUGGAGGUGUGCACCACUCUGGGCAUGCUGACGCCGGAGCAGGCGGCGCAGCUGCGGCAGGCUGGCCUGACCGCCUACAACCACAACCUGGACACCAGCCCCGAGUUCUACCCCAAGGUCACCACCAGCCGCAAAUACGAGGACCGCCUUGCCACGCUGGAGGCUGUGCGCCAGGCCGGCAUCAGCGUGUGCGCGGGCGGCAUCAUUGGGCUGGGCGAGGGGCCGCAGGACCGUGUGGGCCUCAUCCACCAGCUGGCCACACUGCCCGCGCACCCAGAGUCCGUGCCCAUCAACCGCCUGGUGGCCAUCAAGGGCACACCCAUGGAGGGCAAUGAGGCGCCCGAGGGCAUCGACCUGGUGCGCUGUGUGGCCACCGCGCGUGUGGUGAUGCCGCGCACGGUGGUGCGCCUGUCAGCGGGGCGCCUGGACCUCAGCCGGGCAGACCAGGCCCUGGCUUUCCUGGCGGGAGCCAACUCCAUCUUUGACGGCGACAAGCUGCUCACCACCCCCAACAACGACCGCAACGAGGACCAGGCCAUGUUUGACCAGCUGGGCCUGCGCUCCCGACCCGCCUUCAUGAACUACCCGGCCGGCAACGAGACCAGCCGCGAGUUUGAGGCGGGGGCCGCCGCCAGCGCGGGCGGCGGGUGCGGUGGCGGCGCCGCACAGGCGGAGGCGCCGGCGGCCGCGGAGGCGAUGGGCGGCGGCGGCGGCUGCUGCGGGGGGCCAAAGAAGGCUGCGGCGGGCAGCGGCUGCUGCUAAGAGCUGGAUGGGGCUUGGGUGGAUGGAGAGCGGAAGGUGGUUGUGUGUGUGGGAGAGGCGGUGUGUGGUUGUGGCGUUCGGCGUGAGUUUUUCGAAGGUGGUGUGGGGGGGGGGGCUUGGGAACGCGAUCAAGGGAAAAACGGGGAGUACUGGUGUGGGUAUUUAAGGCAGCAUGGACCGGGCUCUCGCAACUCGCAAGGCGCACUGGGGUUCUGCACGGCCCGGGCACGUGUGAGGACUGACUGGAGAUGAGGAGGCGUGUGUGUAAUGUGCUGGGCGAUGCUGGCUGGAAUCAGGCUGGCAGCAUUAGGCUGGAAGGCGGCCUGGCGACCCGGAUGAGUGGUUGGAUGCGCGCCAACCGCCAGCCGUGUGGUAGGUGGAAAUGCCAAGAAGCAAGAGGGGCUGGAGAUUGCAGUCACUUUCCCUGCAUUUUCUGCCAUUCCGCUGUUUGAUGCGGCGUUAUGAUCAUUCCCCUGUUUGGCCCCGAUUCAAUGACGGCAGAGCCCAGUCGUGUAAAAGAGGCAAGACGGCGGUACGGCGAGGUGCACACGAAGGGUCACAAGCAAGCGCGCAGGGGUUGCAGGAAGGAUUCGUGGGGGCUGGGCAGAGGGCAAUCUGCAGCAGCAACUUGUGGCCAAGGGCUUUGCCAAGAGUGUACGGGUGGAUAUGCCCAGGGGCCGCGCUUGAGACUGAUGACGACGGCAAUACAGCAACGGGCACUCUCGUAAGUGCCCUGCGUCUGACUGUCGUACACUCACUCGUCCCCGUCGUCCAUCCCCUGUGAACUAAGGUGACAGUAGGUACUUGUGACUACUGUGAAGCAGUCGAGGUACGUCGAUGAUGAGGCUCCGUCCCUAGCGUUCUGGGCUCCAGACUGGGCUCCAGACUGCAGGGCCGCCCGCGGGCCGAUCAAGUGUGUGUACGAUGGCGGUUGUUGGUCAGAUCCGCAUCAAUUCGGCCACUACGAACUGGGCUUCGGCCCAUUUAACCGGGCCAGC